CUCAAGCAAACCAUGCUAAAGAAAAUAAAUACGUUCCUCUUUGUUUGCUCCUUGUAUAGUGUGACAGGGCAAUACGAUGGAGGGGCACUAUGGACAUUCACGGACAAUCUUCAACCGGACCCAUAUCAAGUUUGCGGCCUGAGCAAUCCAAAAGGCUUGGUGAACGACAUACAGGAACAACAAGCUCUAUCCGCACCUGGCCAAUAUCCAUGGGUGGUUGCCAUUUUCAGCCAGGAAAAAUUGCUUGGCGGCGGUUCCCUGAUUGCCCCAGGAGUGGUCCUUACAGCGGCUAGCAUCGUGGUGAACAAGGCUGCUCCAGAAAUGGUGGUCAGAGCAGGCGAAUGGAAUAUGGCACACCGCAGUCAACAGCUACCGUCGGAGGAUCGCCAGGUGGCUAGAGUUGUGCGACACAGGGAGUUCUUGUACAGAUCAGGAGAAAACAACAUUGCACUGUUGUUUCUAGUCUCCCCCUUUGAGUUGAAACCCCACAUCCAAACCAUCUGCUUGCCAAGCCAGGAAGCGUCUUUUGAUCAGAAGCGCUGCUUGGUGGCCGGAUGGGGAAUGGUAGCACUCAACGAUAAAAAUUACUCCAAUGUUCAAAAGAAAAUCGAUCUGCCCAUAAUUGACAGAGCGCAGUGCCAGGAUCAGUUGAGGAAGACCAGGCUGGGCGCCUCUUUUGAGCUGCUUCCUACUCUGAUAUGCGCCGGCGGCGAGAAGGAUAAGGGUGAGUGCAUCGGCGACGGAGGCUCCGCACUUUUCUGCCCCAUGGAGGCGGAUCCAACUCGCUAUGAGCAGGCUGGCAUCGUUAACUGGGGCAUCGGUUGUCGACAGGAAACCGUUCCAGCGGUCUUCACAAGUGUGCGAAUGUUCCGAGAUUGGAUCUUUGAGCACCUGGCCAAUAACUCCAACAGUGUUCCAUUCGCUGCUCAGUUACCCUCUAACAUGUCUGAUACAAGGAACUAUAACAAUAAUCCUUAAUUGAUUAUCAUAAACUCUCAGCUAUUGUUAAUGUGU